UUACAUGCUCUAUAGCUCUAAAGCUAAUGAGCGCACGUGGUGAUUGAGAGCAAGUACUGCAAGAUCAUCUAGGAGUAGUCUGGGUAUCGUUAGCAAGGAGGUGUGGCCUUGAAGGGGUGGAUAUUGUCGAUCAUGUCGCUAGCCGCCACUAGCCGUAAAGGCCGUCGUGAUUUGACCUUGCUCGAUCUGCAGAACGUGAUCAACAAGGACGAAUCCGGGCCCGAGCUCUAUCACGCCGAAUUCGAGCGUCAAUUGGAAUUCUUCCAGAAUCUACUCACGAUCUUCGAGCUCAAUCCCAAGGACUUCAAUCAAGACUUGUCUGAUCACAUCGCCUUCUUGUCACAUGUGGCUAAAAGCUAUCCGCAAGAGCUUCAAGACUUCCCAGAGACCCUGGUUCAACUGUUGAAGAAACAUUCCACCGUUUUGGACGCCGAUCUUCGGAUGGAAUGUUGCAAAGCACUGAUCUUGCUUCGAAGAAAGAAUUUACUGCCCCCUUCAGAUUUGCUAAUUUUGUUUUUCGAUCUCUUCAAAUGUCAGGACAAAAUCCUGCGCAAUUAUCUCAAAGAACACAUAAUUUAUGAUAUCCGAACUAUCAAUGCCAAACAGAAGGACAAUCGAUUGAACACGACGCUUCAGAAUUUCAUGUUCAAAAUGCUCCAGGAUUCGCAUAAGAUGGCGGCCAAGAUGUCUUUGGAUGUCAUGAUUGAGUUGUAUCAGAAAGGCAUUUGGCAUGAUCAGAAAACGGUCAAUGUCAUCAGCACGGCGUGUUUCCAUGACACGGCCAAGUUGGCCGUUACGGCUCUGAAGUUCUUUUUGGGCAAUGAUCUGGACGAGGAUGACCAAGGCGACGACUCUGAGGAUGACAUGCCCUCCGUCAAGAACGUGACCAUGGCCAAUCGUUUCAACAAGAAGACUCGGAAACGCGAAAAGUUCCUCGACAACAUCAAGAAAGCGCACAAGAAGAAGAAGAAGAAAGGCUCGGCCGAAGCGUUCAAUUUCUCGGCUCUUCAUCUGAUCAACGACCCACAAGGCUUCGCCGAGCGUCUCUUCAAGAAAGUUGACACCCUCCGAGAAGGUUUUGAGGUCAAAGUUCUGUUCCUAGAUCUCAUAUCCCGACUCAUUGGCACGCACGAACUGUUCAUCUUGAACUUUUACCAAUAUAUGGCUCGAUUUCUCAACCCACAUCAACGCGAAGUCAUCCCCAUGCUUCAGUUCGUGGCUCAAGCCUCGCAUGAGCUCGUUCCUCCGGAUGCCAUUGAACCCGCCUUGAGGGCCAUCGUCAAUAAUUUCGUCACGGAGCGGAACUCCGGGGAAGUCAUGGCCAUUGGACUAAACUCGAUUCGCGAGUUAUGUAAACGAUGUCCUUUAGCUAUGGACGAGACCUUGUUGAGAGAUUUGGCAGCCUACAAAACCUAUAAAGACAAGGCCGUGAUGAUGGCGGCCAAAUCACUAAUCACUCUUUACCGACACACCUAUCCGGAUCUUCUUCAUAAAAAAGACCGAGGUAGACCCACGGAGGCUCAAGUGGAAUUGGGUCAAAGGGCUUAUGGAGCUUUAUUGACCAAGGAUUUCAUCCCGGGAGCCGAAGAUUUGAAGGAGAACGAGGUUAAUGAUGACAACGGAGAUCCCAAUGAAGACGAUAGCGAAGGAGAAUGGGAAGAUGUGGUGCAUUCCAGCGAUGGAGAAGGAGCAGAUGAGGAAAGCGACGAUGAUGAAGAAGAAGAGGUUGAUGAUGAUGAUAUUGAAGAAGGUCAAGGAGAAGAAAAUAGUGAUGAGGACGAGGAUGGAGAAGAUGAGGUCAUUUUAGAGGACGAGAACGACGCACCUCCACAAAGCUCCAAGAACAAAGCAAGGAAGAACAAUGAUAAGGACAAGAUGAGCAAAGCAGAGAUCCUGGAGGAAAAACGCAAGCGUGCCGCAGAGAUCACCACCAGUCGCAUUUUGACCGACGCUGAUUUCAAGCACAUUGAUGCCACCCAACUCAGAAAGCAAGUGCAGGCCUUCAGGAAAGGUGGCCAGAAGCGCAAAUUGGACGAGAGCAAUCUGGAGGAUGUCAUGACCAAUCCCAAUGCCCGUGAUGAGCUCGUGGAUCUGGCUCAGAUCGAAAUGGUCCAUAAGAAGCGGAAACACGACAAAGAGACGCGAAUGGCCUCGAUCAAAGAAGGCCGCGAAGGUCGAGACAAGUUUGGCUCCAGAAAGGGAAAGGUUAGUGAACACGCCAGUUCCACGCAUAAGGAGAAGAACAAGAAGAAGAACUUCAUGAUGAUGAAGCACAAGUUGAAGCGCAAGGCCAAGCGAUCUUUCGUGGACAAGGCUCGAGAUUUGAAGAAGUCUUUAAUGAGAAGACAGAAAUUCAAGUAACGUUGUUAAUCUUGGUUUUUUUUUUCCUUUCUAUUUUUUUCAUGUUAUAAAUCAUAGUAAUUUCUGA